CUGUGCCGCCUGCGUGUCACUCUCUCACUCCUCCAUUUCUCUCUCUAUCCCUUCGUCUUCCUCCUCCCAAACCCCGAUAAAACCACGCUUUCCCUCCUCCCCGCUUCGGAUUCUUUCCCCCCACCACCCCUCUGCCUCUGUCUCGCCUCGUCACUCCCCACGCCACACCAGAGACCAAGAAAAAGGACGAAAUUUUCCUAGCUUCUGCAAGCUAGCGCUCUCGCCAUGGAGGAGGAGAUGCCGCUGCUCUCCUCUUCCACCGCCGUCGCCGCCUGAGCUCUCCAUUUGUUAGCUCACUCACUCCAUUGCCCUCCAUUAGACCUACCUCCCUUGGGGAAUAAAGCAAACCAUGGAGGCUUUCGCCGCGCUGUUCGACCCCCUCUACUGCCCCGAGGAGCACCUCGACCUGUACCACGAGGAACCCGUCGAGGACGCUGAGGAGCAGUGGCCGGACCGGCAUGAGCAGCGGCCGGCGGCUCUUGACGACGAGCUGCCGGCGCUGUUCGAGGCGCUCAGGGCCAAGGAGGGGGUGGUGGUGCCGGCGGGCGAGGGGGAGGACGACGGGUACGGCGGGGCGGCGGGCCGUGAGGCCGCGGUCGGCUGGGCGUGCCGCGCCGCGGCGCGGCUGGGCUUCUCCGCGCUCACCGCCGCGCUCGCCGUCGCCUACCUCGACCGCUGCUUCCUCGCCGGCGGCGCGCUCCGGCUUGGCGACCGUCCAUGGAUGGCGCGCCUUGCCGCCGUCGCCUGCGUUGCGCUCGCCGCCAAGGUCGAGGAGACGCGCGUGCCGCUGCUCCUCGACCUCCAGCUCUGCGCCGCCGCCGGCGCCGACCCCGCCGACGCCUACGUGUUCGAGGCCAAGACGGUGCGCCGGAUGGAGCUGCUCGUGCUCUCCGCGCUCGGCUGGCGGAUGCACCCGGUCACGCCCUUCUCCUACCUCCAGCCCGUCCUCGCCGACGCCGCCAUGCGCCUGCACAACUGCGAGGGCGUCCUGCUCGCGGUCAUGGCCGGUGCGUGCCCCUCUGCGACUUCCAGCCAAUAUUGGAGGUGGCCUCGGCACCGGCCCUCGGCGUGGGCCACCGCCGCGUUGCUCGCCACCGCCGGCGGCGGAGACGACGACUCGGAGCUCCUGGCGCUCAUCAAUGCCCCCGAGGACGAGGCCGCAGAGUGCGCCAAGAUCAUCUCCGAGGUGACGGGCAUGAGCUUCCUCGCUGGCGACGCCGGCGCCGGCGCCGGGAAUAAGCGGAAGCACGCGGCGGCGCGGAUGUACUCGCCGCCGCUGAGCCCGAGCGGCGUGAUCGGCGCGCUGUCCUGCUUCAGCUGCGAGAGCUCGUCGUCCGCCACGGCGGACUCGCGCCCUGCCUCCACGUCGGCGGCGGCCGGCACGUGGCCCGCCUCCGUGUCGUCCUCCCCGGAGCCCCCCGGCCGUGCCCCCAAGCGCGCCGCGGUCGCGGCCGCGCCCCCGGUCCCGCAUCCGCUUCCCCCCGACGAGGAGAGCCGCGACGCCUGGCCGUCCACCUGCGCCGCGUGACGCACCGUGCCGGAGGCGCGGUGCCUAUGGCGAGAACGACGCCGCCGCCGCCGCUCGGUGGCGGUGGAGCGGAAGGAGAUAAAGGAGCAUCAGAAGCUGGCGCGGCGACCAGAAGAACCAUUUUGCCCAUUGCCGUGACAAGAAGGGGGGCAACAAGAUAGAAGGAAAGAUGUAAUAUUUUCGCUUGCUUAUGCCAGCGCAUUUUGCAAUGAUGGUUCUCGUCAUUGUUAGGGGGUGUGUGGAGGGAACUGAGCUGGGGGUGGAAGAAGAUGAUUAGAGGAUAAUUAACCGUCGUGAUCGACGGCGGUUUAAGAUUAGUGGCAAUUGUAGCAAAUGCUGGUAUGGUUCUUGCCAUGUUCUUGUUGCGAGUUGCUUCAUCUCA